AGCUAGAGCUAGAUGCUGUAUAGCCUAAUGGAUGUGAAAAAUUUGUCUGCUACUGGUCUUUCAUCAUGGUUGGAGGAAAAAGGAGUGCAAGAUUCAUAUUGUGAAGUGUUUGAAGAUAAUGAAAUUGAUGGAGAGGCUUUUCUAGAGCUGACAGAGAAUGACAUUAAGGAGUUGGUUAAGCCACUAGGUGUUGUAAAGAAGCUGGUGAGGCUACAGAUAGGCGUACAACUACCUGUCUCUACCGAUUUGAUUGUCUCAUCCGCAGUGGAUAGCAGUAGUCGAGUAAAUGAUUCUACACCCCAGAGGACUCAAUCUAGUGUGCCUAGACGUUCUCAAUCAUCUACCCCAAAAGUGUCUAGUAUCUCUACAGACAAUUUUGCUAUUCCUCAGAAGUGGAAACCAACCAUCAUGGCUGCUAUUAAAGAAAAAUCCCUUAAUCCUGAAGUUCGGAAUGAAAUCGUAAGAGAUCUGGUGACGCAUGUAUACGCAUACCUGGAACAACCAACGAUGGUGUUUAUUGGAGAGGUCGCCAAACAGCUAGUCGAAAAACACCCAUUUAUGGCUGACUCUGGAGCAGCACCAUUUGGAUCUUGGCGGAAAAAAAUGAUGGAUAGAGUCUAUAAUGUUGAAAAAGGCCGUAAACGCAUAGCCUCUCCAUCUGACGAAACUCCUCCAACAAAGCGUGGUCGCCCUAAAAAGGUUUCUAUUCUAGCAUCACGUUACCCGGCUGUGUCACCUAUGGACGAAGGAAAUACUGACAGUGAAAAAGCACUUGCCAAUGAGAUGGAGAAUGAACAUCCUAGAAGAGACAUUGUGUUACCUCUUAUGAAGAAAACAUUUCACAAUCGCAGGCAAUACAUUUUGAAGAGCACAGAGUCAGUGGUACAGAAGGUUACCAAAUUUCCAGCUCUAAAGAUGACAGCAGUCACUGAACAAGAACUAGAGCUCGUAUUGUCAAAGCAAAAUAUGUAUUCUUCGUUUGUUGCGGAGUGGACAGGAAAAUGGAUACCAGCCGUAAUUGGCUACUGUGAAAAACUCAAACGAAAGGAUAUAAAAGACUUGCUGCCAAAAGGUGACGAUGACGAUGAGGAAAGAUCUGUGAUUAAAAUGUUAUUUCAACUUCUCUGUGUGCAACGAAAAAAGAAAGAGGGGGAUCUGGGUGAUUUUUUCAAUGAAUAUGAGAUGUCUGCAGAUCCUGAGCUAGUGGCUUCCAAACAAGGAAAGAAUGCUCCCUGGAUUGGUCAAUUUUGUGCCGAGGAUGGUGUUGUCACCUUUUUCGUUUUCGUGGAACAAUCUGUGUUUUGCACUGUGACAACCCUAUCAAAAGCGAUCUUCAUAUGGUUUUCUCUGUUCUAUGUUUUUAAUUUAGAAUAAUAGCAAAGCAGUGCAUGACCUCUGUAUCUUUUUUCAAGAGUUUGUGUUUGGCCUUCCUCAUAGCGUUUCAGGAAAAACUUCUACCUAUUUAUCCAUCACUACUGAUAUUCAAGCUUUAGCUUCAUGUUAAUCAUGUAGCUAUUGUAUACACCAUUAUGACUGUGUAUACUCUUUCGCUCUUGUGAUUACAUGUACGUAGUGCUACCUCCUCGUAUACGUUAUUUUCAGUUUUAAGAACCAAUUUGAGUCAUUUUUAUAAUUUGCAACUUAUAAUUAUGAUGCUAUAAUUAUUAUUAUAGCUAAUUGUUAUUGUAAAGGUAACAAUAGACCACUGUAUCAUACAAUAUUA